UCAUUCUUAAUUUUCAUUAGAAACGUUUGGUUUUGUAUUUUCACCACUUAGCUUAAAAUAUCAGCUUUGGGCGAACGAGGACGCAACAGAGUGCUGAGGGGGUAAUCGGCGGCUGCGGUAGAUAUAUUACUCAAAACCCCUUUGAUCGAACUCGAAGGCUUGAAACAUAAUGGGAAAGGAUGCAAAGGGAGGUGGAAAGGGAAAAGCAAAACAGGCGGGUGGCAGUGAGGAUGGUGGUGCAAAAGGCAAAGCAAAAGGUGGAAAGGCUAGUGAUGGCCUUGGAACCUGCACAUAUGUAAAAGCAAGGCACAUUUUGUGUGAAAAGCAAGGUAAAAUCAACGAAGCAUACAAAAAGCUGCAAGAUGGAUGGCUUAGCAAUGGAGAUAAGGUUCCUCCAGCUGAGUUUGCAAAGAUAGCAGCUGAAUAUUCAGAAUGCCCAUCAGGGAAGAAAGGUGGAGACCUUGGAUGGUUUCCACGUGGGAAGAUGGCUGGACCAUUUCAAGAGGUUGCUUUUAACACUGUUGUUGGGGCUACUAGUCCACCCUUUAAGUCAACACAUGGGUAUCACAUUAUCUUGGCUGAAGGGCGAAAGAAUUAGGAGAUCAUAAGCAGUUCCAUUAUAAAUCAAAUAAAGCUGAAAUGGUGUAUGAACUUUAAUGUAUUCUCUCUUAAACAUAUGAAACACUUUUGAGAUUUGCAAUUUUUCUGCAAGAACGUGUCUUUAUUUGGUGUA